UUUUUACGCCUAACGCAUUUGGAUACAUACAGCUGCUACACGGUAACAGUGGUGAGGACAGAGACGGAGAGUUGUGGAAACGACGGAGUUCAAUUCAUUAUCAUCUCUAAAGGGCACAGCACAUAAAGUGGCGUUAACGUCACUCUCUCCCGCCAAUGAAGCGCCUAGCAUGCGAUAUCUGAAGCGAGGCACUUGUCCGGAUUCGCCUCCUCUCAGACGCGAAGAUGACACAGGACGAGAGGGCAUUUCAACAACUGACACGGAAGCCGACUUCUCCCCACGUCACCAUUGCUUCAAGAUAACCUUUCCGGAGAGGAUAUCGUCAUAUAACGACGUCAAUGGUUUUUGAGAGAAGAGAGAAGUAGAUCUAAACUAGAUGCUUUUCAGGGAAGUAUAAAGACAGACAGAAAGUCACUGGGGUGAAAUAUGGAACGUGGAUUAUUCAACCACCUGUUCUCAGCGAGGACCACUGCGCUCUGUGGUUUCUUCUUAUUUUUCUGUCAUGAGAAGACCCACUCGCACGCGGAGGAUGAGCUGUUCAAGAAGCUCUUCAUCGGGUACAACAAGUGGUCCAGACCCGUGCCCAACAUCUCAGACGUCGUCAUCGUCAAGUUUGGCCUCUCCAUAGCACAGCUCAUCGAUGUGGACGAGAAGAAUCAGAUGAUGACGACCAACGUCUGGCUGAAGCAGGAGUGGAAUGACUACAAGCUACGCUGGAGGCCUUCUGACUACGACAACGUGACGUCCAUCAGAGUCCCGUCAGAACUAAUCUGGGUCCCAGACAUCGUCCUCUACAAUAAUGCGGACGGUGAGUUCGCCGUGACCCACAUGACCAAGGCCCACCUGUUCCACAAUGGGAAGGUGCGCUGGGUUCCCCCGGCCAUCUAUAAGUCCUCCUGCUCUAUAGACGUCACCUUCUUCCCCUUCGACCAGCAGAACUGUAAGAUGAAGUUUGGCUCCUGGACUUACGACAAGGCUAAGAUUGAUCUGGAACGCAUCGAGAACACGGUGGAUCUGAACAACUACUGGGAGAGUGGGGAGUGGGCCAUCAUCAAUGCAGUGGGAACAUACAACACCAAGAAGUACGACUGCUGUCAUGAGAUCUACCCUGAUAUCACAUACUUCUUCAUCAUCAGACGGCUGCCUCUCUUCUACACCAUCAACCUGAUCAUCCCCUGUCUGCUCAUCUCCUGUCUCACCGUCCUGGUCUUCUAUCUCCCCUCAGACUGUGGGGAGAAGAUCACCCUGUGUCUCUCCAUCCUCCUCACCCUCUUCCUCCUUCUUGUUUCAGACUGUGGGGAGAAGAUCACCCUGUGUAUCUCCGUCCUCCUCUCCCUCACCGUCUUCCUGCUCCUCAUCACAGAGAUCAUCCCGUCCACCUCCCUGGUCAUCCCUCUGAUUGGAGAGUACCUCCUCUUCACCAUGAUCUUCGUCACUCUCUCCAUCGUCAUCACUGUGUUUGUCCUCAACGUCCACCACCGCUCCCCGGGGACCCAUAAGAUGCCUCGCUGGGUCCACUCUGUCUUCCUGGACCUGAUCCCCAGGUGGCUGUUCAUGAGGCGGCCGGCGCCGGACGGAAGGAGACGCAGGUUGUUGUUGCUCCAGCAGGGGGCAGCGGUGGCACAACACCAGGGACGGACUACAACCACCACGAGACCACCAGGCCUAGACCAUCCUCCCUGCCUCAGCACCUCAGCCAGCUGGCUCCGGGAUGGAGGAGGGACCAGGGAGGACCCCCGGGGACGGACCCCAUGUUAUGAGGACCUGGAGCUGGGGGCGCUGACCUCCUACUUCUCCUUCCGUCCUCCGUCACCCAGACCCCCGGGCUCCACCCAUCCGCCCCAGCAGAACCACCCACCCCAAGGGGCAGGGGGGCCCCAGAACCGCCUGGAUGGUGGAAGUGGACGAGGAGGAGUGAAUAGAAGGAUUAACCCCACCCAGCGACUGGAGAAGAUGGAUAACUUGGUGUCAGAGUCUUUGUCUCCCAGCGUGAUACGGGCUCUGGAAGGACUGCACUACAUUGCAGAUCACCUGAGGGCAGAGGACGCUGACUUUAGUGUGAAGGAAGACUGGAAGUAUGUUGCCAUGGUGAUCGACCGUAUCUUCCUGUGGAUGUUUAUUAUCGUGUGUCUGCUGGGGACCAUCGGGCUCUUCCUCCCCCCCUGGCUGGCCGGCAUGAUCUAGGA